ACGAACAUCGCAUCCUCUUCCAACCACCCCUCAAUCACUCGUUUGGCAUAGAAACAUCCUGAACCAGUUUGUUACUGUUACCUUACACGCAACAGUUUACUUUUCAACCUUUGUAUUUCGAAGUUAUUCUCAUCUCCUUUGACAUUUCAAAGAUCGGUAUAUGUACAGUGAUUCUUUCGUAUUGAUGUGUUGCAUCAUCUUUUUACAUUCAUCAAGUACUGGUACAUAUUGAUUAUAUUUGGAGAGUGACAAUUGUGAAACAACUACGAUGGGUUCUAAUUCAAAAUUAGUGUCUGCAAUUAAUCGAAUAAUACGAGGAUAUUUUCCAAAAAAGAUUACCGAAUCUCCAAUUCCUAAGAAGGUGUCAUCAGCAUCAGAAAAGGAAUCCACCUUCAUUGACGAAGAUGUCAGUAUACCUUAUUGCGGUAAAAAAGAAUGCGAACCAUCAAGUUCUUACCGUACUCCUUGUAGUUGUGUUACCAAAAUUAUUGAUGCAAUGGCUGAUAAAUUCAAAGAUCCGGGGAAAUUCCCAAAGAAUGCGAUAAGUGAUGAUGAAUCUUUUCACAAGUUUGCUGAACAGACUCUUCAUAUUGGAAAUGUUUCUCCUACCCGCGAAAAUAUUAAAAUUAUUGAAAUGGCAUCCCUGUACGCGGAUACCCUAAAUUUACAAGAUUUCAAUUUGAACCAUUUGCUCGAAAUACAUCGAUUAGUUAUGAUAAAAGAUGACCAACUAGCUGGUCAAAUAAGAGACAAAGAUGUAGUUAUUCAAUCUCCAAACAAAGAUGCAAGGCAAACACCUCCACCACACGAGCUUCAUGAACAUCUGGAGAACUAUUUUAAAUGGUUCAGGGCAGAAAUUAAUAGCGAAACAAACACGCUGAUUUUUGCUGCCAUGGCUAAAUAUCAUCUCCUCACUAUCCAUCCUUUUGGGGAUGGAAAUGGCAGAACGUCGAGGAUCAUUUUGAAUGCUAUUUUACGUAAAUCUACUCGUAUGCCUUGUUGGGUUACCAUACCAGCAGAUGAAAUUGCAAAAUAUCAUGCGGUUCUUGACAUCGCACAAGACAACAAGAACUACAAUCCAUAUUUGGCGUAUGUCACCGAUUGUAUAAAAAGAUCAGUGGCUAAUUAUGAAGAUGGUGUUCGUUUACGCAAACAGCAGCAAUUCAUGUUGCUGAUUAUGGCGGCGAUAAUGAUACAGAACGGUUCAUACGUAUCUGCUGCUGUAGUAUAUUAUCUUUUUUUAAUACAGUGGCAAAGAGGAUGAUAGGGAAUUUUUCGAUCAUUUCCAUGGUUGAUGAAAUUCCCAGUAAAAUGAGCUUGAUUUGUCAGAGAAUAAUAUUUUUCAUAUUCUACCUAUGUACAUACUACAUAGGCCUAUGUAUAUAAGAGUAUAAAAAAUAAUAUUUUAGGUAUUUUUAAAAGAAUUUUUUUUAGAGUAUUUUCUACGUUUUUAGCGAAUAUUUCAACCAAUUAAAAAUUGUUCUACUGUA